CAUCGUCGAGGUGGAAAAAGAAUUCGUAUGAAUGACCCUCCGGUAGAGUACGAAGAAUUAAAUAGUGAUCUGUUAAAUGAAAGCUGGUCUUCCGGCGGUCACGACGAUGCUGGCCAUCCGGAGGAGUCGAGAGAACCUUCCCGUGGCAGAAUGACGCGUUUGCGAGCCCGUGGCGGGGUCCCGCUGAAAGCGCCCAUCAUCGACGACGACGACGAUGAUGACAUAUUCGGCAAAGAGCAUCAAAAGAAGCGGAAGGCUCCACGAAAACCUCGCGAGACGGUACAGAAGGAGCACCAUGAAAAGCCUCCUCGGGUGUAUCGUCACGAAGAGCGCGAGGAACGAGUCGUCGUGGCGGACCGUGAAAGUACAACCGACGAAUCGAGUUUGUACUACAUUUUGCGGCAUUCCAAAUCCACCAUUGCGACGAUCGUGGAUGACUGGAUCGAGCGGUACAAAGUGGACAAAGAUUCGGCGCUGAUUGCUUUGAUGAACUUUUUCGUCCAUGCCAGCGGAUGUAAGGGCAAGAUUACGCCCGAAAUGCAGCAGAGUAUGGAGCAUACGGCAAUAAUUCGUAAAAUGACGGAAGAGUUCGACGAGGACAGUCAUGAAUAUCCGCUGAUGAUGUCCGGGCAACAGUGGAAAAAGUUCAAGAUGAAUUUUUGCGACUUUGUACAGACGCUAGUAAAGCAAUGCCAGUAUUCUAUUAUAUACGAUCAGUUCCUCAUGGAUAAUGUUAUUUCGCUGCUUACCGGCUUGUCUGAUUCGCAAGUACGCGCAUUCCGUCAUACGGCAACACUAGCGGCGAUGAAACUGAUGACUGCGCUAGUAGAUGUGGCACUACUCGUGUCGGUUCAGUUCGAUAUGGCCGCGCGGCAGUACGAUACUGAGAGAACUAAACCCCGAGACAAACGAGCAGCCGAUCGACUAGAAUCGCUGAUGGCCCGUCGCACUGAGUUGGAGGAAAAUAUGGACGAAAUCAAAAACAUGCUGACGUACAUGUUCAAGUCCGUUUUUGUACAUCGAUAUCGCGACACAUUGCCCGAUAUCCGGGCCAUCUGCAUGUCGGAGAUCGGCAUUUGGAUGAUGAAAUUUUCAUCCAAUUUCCUGGACGAUUCGUACUUGAAGUAUAUUGGCUGGACGCUGCACGACAAGGUGGGCGAUGUGAGACUGAAAUGCCUCCAGGCGCUGUUACCACUCUACGAGAACGAGGAGCUGAAAGGAAAGCUUGAACUUUUCACCUCCAAGUUUAAGGACCGUAUCGUAGCGAUGACGUUGGACAAGGAGUACGAAGCGGCGGUACAUGCCGUAAAACUCGUCAUAAACAUCUUGAAGAGCCAUCAAGACAUUUUAACAGACAAAGAUUGUGAAAUUGUUUACGAGUUGGUCUAUUCUUCGCAUCGUGGAGUGGCUCAGGCAGCUGCCGAGUUUCUUAAUGUUCGUUUGUUCUGCUUAGAUCCAAACGCAAUAGCCACGUACACGAAGCGUGGAAAAAUGCGUCUCCCAAACACCCCUCUGAUCCGGGAUUUGGUGCAGUUCUUCAUCGAGUCAGAGCUGCACGAACAUGGCGCCUAUCUGGUGGACUCGUUCAUCGACAACAAUCCCAUGCUAAAGGAUUGGGAGUGCUACACGGACCUGCUCUUGGAAGAACCAGGACCAAUGGAGGAAAUGCUUGACAAUAAGCAGGAAUCGACACUGAUUGAGAUCAUGGUCAGCGCGGUGCGACAAUCGGCGACCGGAGAACCGCCAGUUGGACGUGGUAGUAGCCGAAAGAUGACAUUGAGCGCAAAGGAAAUCAAGCAAGUGCAGGACGAUAAACAGCGGCUAACGGAGCACUUCAUCCAAACGCUACCUUUAUUGCUGCAUAAGUACAGCGCAGACGGCGAAAAGCUCACGAACCUGUUGGCCAUCCCGCAGUAUUUCGAUAUCGAGCUGUUUACCACCACCCGACAAGAAGCUAAUUUGCUAGCGUUGUUAGACAAAAUGACUCACGUUAUGUCGACCCACGUGGAUCGCGAGGUCUUAGAAACGUGCGCUAAAACGCUUGAAUUCCUGUGCAUUGACGGUAGUGCUAUUUACACCCGGUGCGAUAUGGCACGCUCGAACGUAAUCGAUGAUUGUGUCCACCGGUAUCGGGUAGCAAUCGAUGACUACCGCACGUUGAUUGCCGGCAAUGAGAUUCCGAAUGAGGACGAAGUGUACAACGUUAGCAUAUCGCUGAAGAAAAUUUCCACCCUGUUUGCGUGUCACAACCUCAACCCGAACAAUCUGUUCGAUUCGCUUUACCAGGACAUCGAGGAACGAGUGGCCGGAAACGUAUCGGGCAUUCCGAAAGACGCACUUGGCUAUUGCAUUGAGGCGUGCUUUUUCUCGAUUAGCUGGGGUUUGUACAACCUAGAAACGACAAUGGACCGCUCACAGGUUGCGCAAGAAGCACACGAGCUCAGCCGAUACCUGCACAAGUACAUGAACGCCUGCAACCAUCUGGUACGGAACGAUCGCGAAUCAUCCGUGCAAGAAGCCGCUUUUAUGUCGAUUUGCGAUUUAUUGGUCGUGUUUUCCGACCAGUUGCGGAGUAACACAGACGAUAACAUACAGUCACUCGUGUGCACGCCCAGCGAAGAACAGCAGAGCUUGCUGAACGACUUUGUGCAGACGACGGUGUUUGCAACCGAGCAGGAGGAAGGCCACGAUGAGACGCGUAUCGAGGAGCUCCACAAGCGGCGAAGCUUCCUGGCCGCCUAUUGCAAGCUGAUUGUGUACAACAUUCUUCCUACGAAAGCGGCAGCGAAUGUUUUCAGGCACUACCUUCGGCACUACGAUGAGUAUGGAGACAUCAUCAAAACGACUCUUGGCAAGACGCGCGAAAUCAACAAAGUCAACUGCUCGAUGACGAUGUGUCUGAGCUUGGUAAUGAUGUUCCAGGAAAUGCAAGAAGUUUCCCCGGGUGGGCGCAUAUCACGAACGUCGCAAGAGUUUCAAGAUCUGAAGGAGUUAGCCAAACGAUUCGCAUUAUCUUUUGGGCUGGACGCAGUUAAGAAUCGUGAGGCUAUAACCGUAUUCCACAGGGCCGGUAUACACUUUGCCGUCAUGGCGAACGAAGAGCUGGAUGAUCCCUCGGCUGCUCCACCGUGCAUCGCGUUUUUGGAGGUUUUAUCCGAACUUACAAACAAACUCAUCAAGCAAGACAAAAAGCUAAUUCUUACCUUUUUGGAUCGUCGUCUCAAGGCUGGCAUUCCAUCCAGUCGCUCCGAGGACUGGCAACCGCUGGUAACAUAUCGCAAUUCUUUGCUGCACGGCGAAACGGAUCAGCUCCCAGUCACAUCGAAACGUGCGUAUACCAGAAAGAAGAAGGAUGCGGAUCAUGACGAUGAAGACGAUCACGAUGAUGACGAGGAUAAUGAUUACAUCGGUUAGUGCGAACUGUCUGUGGAUGAAUUAAUUUAUGUUUCUUGCUGUUAGUUAUAUAUGCGGUAGAUUCC